GUCAAGAAGAAGGAGCAGCGGGAGCAGCACAACCGCAACGCCAAGAAGGGCAUCUGGCGAGGGCCGUGCGUAGUCAUCGGCCACCAAGGCGAGAACACCUUGGUCUCGCUAGGAGGGCACACCAUGCUGGUGGCCCCGGAGCACAUAAAGGCACUCGCUCCGGACGACGUCUGGUUCCCGAGCGGCAGGGGCGAGAUCGGCCAGGCCGUGGCCGAGCUCAACCGGGCUCGCGACUCGCUCGAACAAGAAGAGGCUCAGGUGGAGGACAUCCGCCCGGCGUCUGGCGAGCCCGAAGCCAAGCCAGACGAGAUGGAGCAGGCGUGGCGGGAAUUCAUCGACAACCCGGACGACAGCGACCUCAAGCUGAACGUCUCCGAGGAUCCGCCCCAGCAGGAGCAGAUCCAGGUGCCGCCCGCCGACGUGCCGCAACAAGCUGAAGAAGGGCGAACCUACGGCCCUGACGGGUUCCGACGACGUCGAGCUACCUUCGACGGAGGGGGCAGCGGCGACUUCGGCCCGGCCUUCAAGCGACUCCAGACCGAGAGGGAGCACGCAGGCUCUGGCGCCCUGCCCGCAAGGGCAACUUCGCGGGACCGCGCGGCGGCCCCCGAUCAGGAGGCAGCGGCCGGGCCCGAAGCAGGAGGAGCCCGCCGACGUUCGAGGUCGGCUCCAAGACAAGUAUUGCAAACCUCCAUCGUGACCGAGAGGAUCAAGCGCAAGCAGGCCGACAAGGAGAUCCACUGGAGGGCCAUCAAGGACUCUGAUCGGGGGCUCUUCAGGGAGGCGGCCGCCAAGCAGUGGAGCGAGUGGCAGAAGUAUGGCUCUUGUCAGGUACUCUCCAUCGAGGAGUCCGAGGCGAUCAGGGGCAUGAUCAAGCCCAGCCUCAUCCUGCCCAGCCGGUUCGUGUACCGGGACAAGAACGCCCCGCUGCGGACCGACAAGCAUCCGCUGCCGGUCAAGGCAAAGGCCCGACUCUGCGUCGGGGGUCACAUGGACCCGCGCCUGGCUCAGGGCGACCUGCGGACGGGCGCGCCCACGGUCACCCGCAACUCGACCAUGCUGUUCUUCACCAUCUGCCAGAGGUUCGACCUGGAGAUCUACGCGGCGGACGUGGAGGCGGCUUUCAUGCAAGGCGACGAGCAGCCCGACCAGCAGCUGUGCAUGGCCCAGCCUCGCGAAGGUUUGCCUGGGCUGAACCCGAAGCAGCUGAUCAAAAUCCUCAAGGGAGUUUUCGGGCUGGCCACGGCACCGAGACAAUGGUGGGCGAAGCUCAAGAGGACACUGCUGGCGGUGGAGGAGAAGCUGAGCGACAACUACGUGUUUCGCCUACACCAGCACUCGCUAGACCCAGCGCUGUACUACGGCUACGACCAGCACGGUGAGCUCUGCGCGGUGGUGGUCGCCCACGUGGACGACCUGCUGCUGGGGAUCUCGCACAAGUACCCGGGCCUCUACGACAGGCUUCACAAGCUUUUGCCCUGGGGCGACUGGCGAGGCUUGCCUUUUACCUUGUGCGGCAAGCAGGCCUGGCGAGAUCAAGAGGAAGUACUGCAUCUACGACAGACCGAGUACGCGAACACCAUCGAGGAGAUUCCGCUCAGCAAGGAGCGCAAGACGGACCUGUCGUCAGAUGCUACGCCAGCCGAGUUCUGGACAACCGCUCCGCACUCGGAGCGCUCGGCUGGAGUGGCCAUGGGGCAGCGGACCCAGAACAAGCCCACCAUCCAGGACUUGCUCGAGACGAACAGGCUCAUCAAGUUGGCGCGGAAGCACGCGGACGUGGGUUUGGAGUUCCUUAAGUUACGUGGACCUCUGUGCCUGGUGACGUACCACGACGCCAGUUGGGCCAACGCUGACGAGCCAGCUGAAGGCGCCAUCUCCAAGUUGCUCGCCACGACCGUGGGGGCAACCAGUAAGGACAAGAAAAUCAAGAUUCGCUCGCAGGUCACAGAUUGCGCCAGCUUGUACGAUACGAUGCAUAAAGACGGUUAUUCCAAGCUCUCGUCAGAGCGGCGCCUUUUGCUCGACCUAGUGGGCCUCAAGGAGUCACUAGAAGAGGAAGUUAGCAACGAGUUUGUCGCUGACGACCAGCGCAGCCAACUACCCCUCUUUUGGGUUCCGUCUGACCAGCAGCUCGGUGAUCAGUUCACCAAGCGAUCGGACGGCAGUGCCAUCAGGGCAGUGCUGCGAGACACACGUCUCGCUUUGCAGCAUCAAGAGCCGACGGACCAGGCCAGAGAGCACGAGGCACACCUGACCAGUGCCGGCUCACUUUUCAAGCGCGCAGUGCGCCUGGUUUCAUUUUAG